AUUUUGUAAACAAAAACACGCGGAGGAUCAGAUUAGUUAACAAAUGGAUAAGCCACAAAAAUUUGCAUUACCCUCCCCAAAUUUCAAUAAAAAAAUGGAGGGACCAGUGCUAGCGAGGCCACACUUUCUUACCCCAUCUGGAAUGACGCUUCAUGCAAGGCAUCAACCACCACCAAUGUAUGGCAAACGUGGGGCAACAUAUCCCGCAAAAUAUUUACAAACAAAUGUCAAGAACAAGGUUACAUCCGCAGUGCAUAAAGAAGAAGCGCAGGCGGAACCCCAAUACUGUGAAGCUUGUGAUAUGGAGUUGCAAUCAAUAGAAGAUUUACGACGACAUAAAGCUCAGCAUGAAAAAUGUCCCAUAGAUAAUUGUAAUUACCGUGGACAUCCUUCAAUGAUGGACAAACAUGUUGCCACUCUUCAUAGCUCUGGUUUGUUUGAUAAGUUUAAAAAAUUGAGCUCACCGGAAGAAAUAGCUGCUUGGCGUGAAGAACGCAAACGAAAAUAUCCUACUCUCGAGAAUGCCCUAUUGAGACAACGUGCCAAAGAGCAACGGGAGAAGCGUGGAGAACGCCUUGAGGAAAUCAAGAGCAGGUUCGGUAAGCAUGAGGACCGAAAAAGAGCACAGAAAACUCUGAAAAACCAAAUCUCGAAAACCGAUCAACCGCAAAAUUUAAAUCCAAGGCCGGGAAAUAAUACUUUCAAACGUAAUAAUAACAAACGACGUAGAAAAGCAGACCAGCAAAAGUUUGAAGAAAAAAAGCAAACCGAGAAAAUGGAAGAGAUUAAAAAAGCCAAAAAACAAAAUUGUGCAGUAAAUACAGAAGAAGAUAUGUGCUGUGAUAGCAUAAAAAUGUUUAGAGGUACAAGUAAACUCAGUGAUUAUGAGCAUUUAAGACCAAAGAAACUAAAAGAGACUAACGUAUUAACAAGCUUACUUGGCAUGUAUGGCUCGGAUGAUGAAUCCGAGGAGGAGACGAACGAAAGCGUGGAAUGUAAGUGCAUGAAUAAAGAAAUAAUAAAUAAGGAAUCGACAACGAAUGCCGUCGAUAAAAUCCACGAGCUUAUAGAAAAUUCAACCUCUGUGCUAAGACAAGAAAACAAUUUAAAGUCUGGAAGCAAUUCAACUCAUGAAAUUGGAAAUGUUUCUUCGGACGGGGAUCAAGAGCUUUCCGAAUAUAAAAUUUCGGAUAAAAAAGAUUUUUUAAAAUCAAUCUCUUUUACUGAUAAUUCAGAAAAAGUUCAUUCAACUAAGCGCGAACACUCGGAAACGGCAAAACAUAAAGAAAUGGUAUACUCUGAUGAUGAAGGACCGCAAGAAGCGCCAAUAGAGCGUUCAACUAACAUACCGCUGCCUACAAAGCCAGUUUCAAAUGUAGAAAAAAAGGAUGGUGAAAAUGUUGCACAUAACCAGCAACCAUCUCAAAAAAACACAAAAACUAACACGCUUUCCAGAAUUAAUAAACAAAAAUCAGGACUAAACUAUAGAGCACGUUUAUGUAAGCAGAAUACACUAUUAGAAAAAUUGUUGCAGCCAGACAUACGCCAUGAACGUAAUGUGUUAUUACAAUGUGUACGCUAUGUUUGCGAAAAUAAUUUUUUCAGAAUAGGUGAAAAAGAACAAACCAGUUAAUUUAGUAUCAAUGAGUUGUUAGACAUUACUAUAAUGUAAAAAUAUAUUAAUUAAAUUCUUAA